AUGUUGAAACGUCAAGCCAGAUUACGCAGAGAGUUCAUUUACAGGAGAUCAAUUGAAGUUCGGGAUGCUGAAAAUGAAAAAAAGAAAAAAUUGUUAAAAGCUUCUCUGGCUGAAGGCAAAAUUUUGCCUAAAGAACUUCAAGAAGGUGCUUUACAAUUAAACGAAGAAUUAGACUGGAGCGAUGACGGUGGUGAAGGAGUCGCCAUUAAUCAAGAUGAUGAAUAUCUUUGGGCUGGAACUGAAGAUCCACGCGUUGUUAUCACUACAUCACGUUCACCUAGUUCUAAACUUAAAGAAUUUGCCAAAGAAUUACGGUUUCUCAUUCCGAAUGCUACUAAAAUUAAUCGUGGUAAUUACCUAAAUAAGAAUUUAUUGGAGGCUUGCUUAGCAAAACAGAUUACCGAUGUAGUUAUUGUUAACGAAUCACGUGGCGUCCCAGACACUUUGAUUAUUAGUCAUUUGCCUUUUGGUCCGACUGCUAUAUUCACUCUAUACAAUGUACGCACACGUCAUGAUAUGGAAGCUAUGAACUGUGGUACCGGAGCAAAAAUGCCACAAUCCUAUCCUAAUCAUGUAUUUAAGGGACUAAAUUCUAAAUUAGGUCAACGUGUUCGUUGCAUUUUGAAGCACUUAUUUCCUGUACCAAAGGAUGAUUCGAAACGUGUGGUUACUUGGUAUGAAGAAGACGAUGUCAUAUGUUUCAGACAUCACACAUAUAAAUAUAUCGAUAAAAAACUGGAACUAACUGAGCAUGGGCCCUCAUUCGAUUUGCGUUUGUACAAAAUUUGGCGUGGACCGUUACAUGAAGAAGCCACGGCAGAUAUUGAAUGGGUUUACCGACCGUAUAUGACUACUACUUUUAAAAGACGAUUUUUAUCAGAGCCAUCAUCCCCUUAA